UUGAUGGUAUUCACGUUGAAAUCGUAUUAGAAAAAAUUAAAAAUAGUUUUCAUUCCAAGUGAAACAUAGCAAAAGUUAUUUAACAUUUUCAUUCUUUAAAGUAUUUUUGUUGAGAAAUUUAUUUUAUUGGUUGGCGACACUAUACAGGUUUCUAUGGUUACAAAGUACACAUGUUUUUGAUUUUAAGAUCGUGUUCGGAGGUUUAAGUAAUAUAAAAUAUGCCUGAAAUUUUAGGCGUUCUGUUCGUGGAAUAGAUGAAAGAAUCGUAGUUCGUCAUGUCAAAUAUUGUGAAAGAUGAGUCGUUACUUCCAGACAUAAAAUCGCCGGUAGAACUGCUUUUAGGUAGAAUUGUCUCAACACCACCGGCGGAGUAUAUAAGGCCUGCAGGUGCAAUUCCAUUCCACGUUCCCCACCGCGGAGCAGUGGGGCAGCCGGGAGCCACUCUGGAAGCUGCACCGUCGCAAUUGGAGUUGAGGUCAGAACUUUUAAAAAGGAAACCAUGCCAUCAUUUGGAGCCUAUUCAUUCACAGAAAUCACCCACCGUUAUCCCUCGUAAGAAAGCAAAGACAGGGAAGUCUGCUGAAAGGCGGUCAACCAGCGAGAGCCCUGCGGAAGUGAAGGGACCACCCAGCAUUGUCAACUUGAAGGACCUGAUGCAAUUGUUGAGGACGAAGAGAUUUAGCUUUGUCUACCUGGUGCAUGCAGUGCCUAGCUCUUCCAGAUACUUCACGCCGUAUGCUUUCAAGGUUGUGCCAUUUAAGAAACUUGACAGGACAAACUUCCUAACAAUGAGCUCAGAAGGGGUGACUAAAUUUGGUCCCAGUGAAGUAAUAUUCACUCCUUUAGACGCCUGGGAAGAGGAGUACGACAAGUUCUCCAAGCUCAUGGAGAUCAAAUCAUUGGCUAACUUUCGCAUGUGGAAGGCAUUCAGCGUGUGGCGUAAGAACAUAACGUGGGGAAAGUACGUGGCUGCGCGCCGGCACCUGGCACAGGCUCUGUUCAUUCUGGACCCGGCCCUCAGGAAGGCCAUCCUGGGCACGACAGCGGCCAUCUACAACCUGCAGGGCCUCACACUCACGGACGCCAGCAAGCACGAGGACUUGCCUCUGUCGGAGUUCAUCCGCCUGCAGAUGAGCAAGCAGAAGGACGUGGCGGGCAGCCUGUCUCGCUUCCACACCAUGGUGAAGGAGCUGAUGGGGGCCGCCUGCCUGGCCGCCCUGCUCGACCGAGGGUUCGUGCCGGACGACAGCAACUUCCCGGCCGGCGUGCACAUGACGUACACCCAGCAGGCCAACAAGAGGAGGUUCUGCACAAGGCUGUGCAGUUUCAUCCAAAUGUGCGACUUCAUCGUGCACAACAUGUUGCAUCACGUGAUGCAACAGUCGCUGACGCAGCUGGAGUCAGAGUUCAGACGGCACUUCCAGUUCCUCCCAGACAAGGCGUUGCUUGAGAGUGACGACAUCGAGAACGUGCUGGAGCAGCCCAGACCCCCGGGCGAGCCCCAGAGCCCAUUUUUUCGCAUUGAUGUGCUAGUGUCUUCCGAAGGCCUGUUUUUGGAUCCCACAAAGCAAGUCUUUGUUGAUGCAGUCAUGAAGUUAUUGGCUGAUUGGCAAGAAACUGUGGUGAGGAUUAUGACGUUCCUGAGCGACCCAUUUUUCGACCCUUUCUGCGAGCCGGUGGUCAACAGGAGGCAGGAGGACCGGUUGUGUGGCUACGGACCAGAACUGUUGGCCGUCCUGAAACGGGACAAACUCCUGGACUUGCUUUCUGGAAACAUCAUCAGCUACGUCUGUGAGAACUUUGAUUUCGCCGAAGCCUACGUGCAGAGGUUUCAGUUCAUACAAGACUUCCUCGGAGAGGACCUGGUCCGCUCACCAGUCUCUAUCACAGAUGAAACAGACCUGAAGACUAUGAAGUUUCUAGCAUUUGAAUUUCACAAGCAGAUCAAAGUAGUGGAAGACAUGAUCUUGAUGCAACCCAUUGGCUUACUUCUGCUUAAUUUCCAAACAUUCAAAGAUACCACUACACCAGUGUCUAAGUCUCUCUUGGAUCUUGUGGAAGUUACCCUGCCUGAGCUGGGGCGGAAGAACAUGAAAGCUGUGAUCACGAAGACAAGAGAUGCACAGACCUUUCUGGAUGCAGAGCCAAGAUCAGUUGAUGAAUUUGUGAAUUAUGUUAGUUUCCUGGAUGAAGCACAGGCAUUGGUAGCAUCGAUGGAGGAAUCAUUUGCUUACUUGAAGGAGCUGUAUGGCAUUAUAGAUGACUUCAAGAUAGAAUGUCCACAAGAAGACAUGGCCAAUUUCCAAAACUAUAGUGGAAUCCUGGCUUCAUUUCAAAUGUUUGUGGAGCAAAAAUUUCAUGAACGAAGUGCUAUUUUGCAGAAGUUAGAGAAACAGCUAAGUCAUGAUUUUGAUUUACUUACCAAACAAGUUUCCGGCAUUCAAAAAGAAGCUCUGGAACCGUGGCUGUUGGACCCAAAUUCUAAUCCCGAGGAUGUAAAAGUGGCAUUGAACACUCUUUUGGACAAGCUGAUUGAGUGUCAGAAACUUUCUGCAGCAUAUAAAGACUAUCAGAAACAGUACAAGAUGGAGGUGCUGCGGUUCGAGGCGCUUGACAAGGUGAUGGCGGACGUGCGACUCCGCAAGCUCCUGCGGGACAGCAUGGAGGAGUGGCAGCAGCUGGUGACGGCUUGGACGGACGGCAGCUUCAAAGAGCUGGACCCCGACGACAUGAGCCAGCAGACGGCCAAGAUGAUGAAGUACGUGGCCCAGCUGGAGCGAGGCCUGCCGCCCAACCUCAUCGUGCCCAUGUUCAAGAUCAGCGUGGAGAGCAUGAGGGACCAGCUGCCGCUGAUCACUAACUUGAGGAACCCGGCACUGAAACCUCGCCACUGGGCGUCUGUCGAGCAAGUCCUCAAUCACAAGUUCACUCCAGAUGAGCCACUAACUCUCCGCCUGCUCAAAGAGGUUGGGGCAUUCUACCACUUGGCUGAAGUGGAGCAGAUAUCAGCUCAGGCUAGCUCUGAGGCCUCUUUGGAAGGCAUAUUGAAAAAGGUGGAGGACUCGUGGAAGAGCCUGGAGUUUGUAGUGCUGCGCUACAAGGACGCCAAGGAUGUGUUCAUCCUGAGCGGCAUAGAGGAGGUGCAGCAGACCUUGGACGACAGCAACAUCAACAUGUACACCAUCGUGAGCUCCCCGAACAUCGGCCCCAUCAAGCCGCGGGUGGACGAGUGGGUGCGCAAGCUGCACCUGUUUGGGGAGACGCUGGAAGCUUGGAUAAACUGUCAGCAGAGCUGGAUGUACUUGGAAACAAUAUUCACUGCUCCAGAUAUACAGCGUCAACUGCCAAAUGAAGCCAAGAUGUUCCUUGUUGUAGACAAAUCUUUCAAAGACAUAAUGCGCCGUACAGCCAAGAUGCCUCUCGCAAUGGAGUCUGCUACAGCUCCAGAUGUGUUGGAUGAGUUGAAGCGGAACAAUAUGCUUUUGGAGGACAUAAUGAAGUGCUUGGAUGCCUAUCUUGAGUCCAAGCGAAUGGUGUUUCCUCGCUUCUACUUCUUGUCAAAUGAUGAGCUGAUUGAAAUAUUGGCCCAGACUAGGAACCCGCUGGCCGUGCAGCCCCACCUCAGGAAGUGCUUCGACGCCAUCGCGAAGCUGGAGUUCGGCACGUACAAGGCGGAAGAGGACAAGGACACGGACGAAGACACAGAUGAUGGGGAGGAUGAGGAAGGAGAGCAGUCGGCUGUGAGCUCCAUGCCACCGCCGCCUGGCACUGCGCUGGACAUCCUCGCCAUGGUUUCCCCUGAGGGGGAGACAGUCCCUCUCAUCCGGGGUCUCCGCGCCAGAGGAAAUGUCGAGGACUGGCUGGGCAAGGUCGAGGAAGGAAUGUUCAGCUCUCUUCGUCGAAGGAUGCAAGCAGCUAUAAGGGACCAUGAAAAGCGAACUCGCAGACGGUGGAUUUUGCGACAUCCUUCUCAGAUCGUCCUGACCGUGUCCCAAAUCAUGUGGAGCUUGAAAGUUCACAAUAUCUUCAACCGACCAACAGAAGAAGAGAGACUCUCUGCAAUGGCAGACUUUGAGACCUAUAAUUACGAUGAGCUGAAUGAGUUGGCAGGCAUGGUUAGAGGGAAGCUGCGGAAGCUACAGCGCAUGGUGCUGUGUUCGCUAAUCACUAUUGAUGUUCAUGCAAGGGACAUAAUCACAGAACUUGUUAAGGAGAAAGUGCACAGAGAUGAUAGCUUCGAGUGGUUGAAGCAGCUGCGGUACUACUGGGACGAGGACAGCAUGAUGUGCUUCGCACACAUGUCGAGUGCUCGCCACAUGUAUGGAUACGAGUACUUGGGGGCGUCUCCUCGUCUGGUCAUCACGCCUCUCACAGACAAGUGCUACCUCUGUCUCAUGGGGGCUCUGCAGCUUGAUCUAGGCGGAGCGCCGGCCGGGCCCGCGGGCACCGGCAAGACGGAGACCACCAAGGACCUGGCCAAGUCCCUGGCCAUCCAGUGCGUCGUGUUCAACUGCUCCGAGGGCCUCGACUACAAGAUGAUGGGUCGCUUCUUCGCGGGGCUCGCCCAGUCCGGAGCCUGGUGCUGCUUCGAUGAGUUCAACCGCAUCGACAUUGAAGUGCUGUCUGUGAUAGCUCAGCAGCUCAUCACCAUCAGGAAUGCCAAGGUCGCCAAUGUGGCUAGGUUCAUGUUUGAGGGGCGUGAGAUCAAGCUGGUCCACUCCUGUGCAGCGUUCAUCACCAUGAACCCAGGCUACGCUGGCAGGACAGAGCUGCCCGACAAUCUGAAGGCCUUGUUUCGUCCAGUGUCGAUGAUGGUGCCUGAUUAUGCUCUGAUUGCUGAAGUUAUAUUGUACUCUGAAGGCUUUGAAUCUUCAAAAGGCCUUGCACAAAAAAUGGUCCAGAUGUACAAACUGUCGAGUGAGCAACUUUCUCAGCAAGAUCAUUAUGACUUUGGAAUGAGAGCAGUGAAGAGUGUGCUGGUAAUGGCAGGGUCUCUGAAAAGAGAAAACCCUUUCAUACGUGAAGACGUGGUUCUGAUCCGAGCGUUGCGAGACAGCAACUUGCCCAAGUUCCUUGCGGAUGAUGCAGUGCUUUUCAAGGGUAUCCUGAACGACCUGUUCCCGGGAGUGGUGAUCCCGGAGCAGGACUACGGGGCCCUCCAGGAAGCCAUCGUCGCGGUCAUAGAGGCAGAGCAGUUGCAGCCGGAGCCCUGUGUCAUCUCUCGGGUGAUACAGCUGCACGAGACGCUGAUUGUCAGACAUGGCGUGAUGCUCGUGGGCCCAACAGGCGGUGGCAAGACCACUGUGCUCAAUGUGCUGAAGGACACCCUCACCAGGCUGCACGCGGAUGGGGUGCGGGGCCAGCACUACCGCCCGGUCAACAUGCACGUGCUCAACCCCAAGGCAGUGACCAUGGGCGAGCUGUACGGCGAGGUGAACCUGCUCAGCAUGGAGUGGCGGGACGGCCUGCUGGCCAUCAUGGUUCGCGAGGCCGUGAAGGUGACUGAGGACGACCACCAGUGGGUGGUGUGCGACGGGCCUGUGGAUGCUGUGUGGAUCGAGAACAUGAACACAGUGCUGGACGACAACAAGAUGCUGUGCCUGGCUAACUCGGAGCGCAUCAAGCUGACACCGCGCAUCCGCAUGCUGUUCGAGGUGCAAGACCUGGCGCAGGCCUCCCCGGCCACCGUCAGCCGCUGCGGCAUGGUCUACGUCGAUGCGGAGGAGCUCAAGUGGAUGCCGUAUGUUAAAACUUGGAUGGCGAAACUAGAGCUAGAUGUUCCAGAUGGAAUGAAGGCAUACAUUUUGUCCCAUUUUGAAAAUUAUGUGGAAGCUGGUUUUGUAUUUGUCCACAAAGAAUGCAGCUGUGCCAUCAAUCAGGUGGACAUCAGCAAGGCUGCAAUGAUGUGCAACCUGAUCCAGUCACUCCUGCUGGAGCUGAAAAUCAACUGGAAUUUUGAACUGGGACGCCUCAAGAUGACGCUGGCACAGGUGUUUGUUUUCUCGUACCUCUGGUCCCUGGGUGGCAACGUCGAGGACAUGUACAAGGAGAAAGUAGAGAGUUUCGUUCGGUUGCAGCUUGACACUCACCCUGAUGUAAGGCUACCAAUGACAGAAGAUCUGUGGAACUUGUAUACAGACCCUAUUUCAAAGGUACUCGUCACAUGGGAUGGAAUCAUACCACCAUUUAAGUUUGAUGCAAAGAUUCCUUUCUUCGACAUGCUUGUUCCGACAACUGACACUGUUAGGUAUGGCUACGUUCUUGAGAGGCUCCUAUCCAUCGGCAAGCCAGUGAUGUACACUGGACAGACUGGCGUGGGCAAGUCGGUGAUCUCGAAGGAGGUGCUGACGAGGCUGUCUGUGUUGGGGCCCUUCCUGCCAGUCACCAUCAACUUCUCGGCUCAGACGAGCAGUACCCGCACACAGGAAAUUCUCGAGUCGAAGCUGGACAAGAAGCGUAAGACCCUGAUGGCUCCUCCCAUGAACAAGAAACUCAUCUUCUUUGUCGACGAUGUCAACAUGCCACGCCUUGACACUUAUGGCUCCCAGCCUCCCAUCGAGCUGCUGAGACAGUACCUGGACUUUGGUGGCUUGUACGACCGGGAAAAAUUGUUUUGGAAGGAGAUCCAGGAUGUGACCAUCAUGGCUGCAUGUGCCCCGCCGGGAGGCGGGAGGAACCCACUCACUCCUCGCUUCGUGAGACACUUCGCGAUGCUGUGCAUCUCCUCCCCCACCGCAGGCCUGCUCAGUGUCAUGUUCAAGGCCAUUAUAAAGGGGUUUUUAGAUGACUUCGCAGCAGGCAUUCAAGUAGUGGGAGAUGGUUUAGUAGCUGCUGCUGUAGAAGUUUACCAACGUAUAUCCAAGGACUUGCUACCAACCCCUGCAAAGUCACACUAUAUAUUCAACCUACGUGACUUGUCUAAAUGUGUCCAAGGAAUACUGCAGGCUGACUCUGGGACUAUGCGAGAGAAAGCUGAUAUGCUUAGGCUCUUCUACCACGAGUGCCUGCGAGUGUUCCACGACCGCCUGGUAAGCGUGGAGGACAAGAGCUACUUCUAUCGCCUGAUGGAACAGGUUUGCACUCGGGAGCUGGGACACCCCAUUCUGGCGCUGCCCCAGGACACUGAGGGUGCCGUCACACAGCCUCCGCGCCUCUUGUUCGGGGACUUCAUGAACCCUGCUGUGGCGAGGGCCGAGCGCAUUUACGAGGAGAUUAGGGACUACGACAAACUCAAGACCGUCAUGGAGGACUACCUGGACGAUUACAACCUGGUCACAUCCAAGGAAAUGAGGCUGAUAUUCUUUGUUGAUGCGAUGGAGCAUGCGACCAGACUGGCUCGCAUACUGCGCGCUGAGCGUGGCAACGGUCUGCUGGUGGGGGUGGGCGGAAUGGGCAAACAGAGCCUCAGCAGAUUGGCAUCCCACAUGUGUGGCUACAAGUGUUUCCAGAUUGAGCUUACACGCUUAUACAACUAUGUUUCAUUCCAUGAGGAUCUGAGGAAGCUGUACUUCGAUGCUGGAGCUAAUGGCGAAGACUCAACUUUCCUCUUCACAGAUACGCAGAUUGUGACUGAGGAUUUCCUCGAAGACAUUAACAACAUUUUGAACUCUGGAGAUGUGCCCAAUCUGUUUGACAAAGACGAGCUUGAGAAAGUUAUAAACGCUAUGCGUAAGCCCGCCUCAGAUGUGGGGAUAGACGAGAACAACCGUGAUGCCAUCUUUGAAUACUUUAUCACCCGCGUGAGGAGGAAACUCCACCUGGUGAUAUGCAUGAGUCCUGUGGCGGAGGAUUUCAGGCGGAGGUGCAGAAUGUUUCCGUCACUUGUCAAUUGCUGCACUAUUGACUGGUUUGUGGAAUGGCCACAGGAAGCUCUGCUAUCAGUAGCACAGAACUCACUUAAGGUUGUGGACGAAGAACAUCUCAAAGGCAGCUUAGCUCAGGCAUUCGUAUUCAUACAUGAGAGUGUGGGGAAAAUGUCAAUCCGCUUCUUUGAGGAGAUGCGUCGUCAUUAUUACAUAACUCCAAGCAGUUACUUGGAGUUGAUAAAACUGUAUCUCCAGAAACUUAAUCUCAGGAAGGAAAAUGUGACAAAGAAGAGAGAUCGCAUUGACAAUGGUCUAAAGAAACUGCGGGAGACGCACGAGGUGGUGGACACGAUGGAGGAGGACGUGCGGGCGCUGAGGCCGCUGCUGCAGGUGGAGUCCGACAGCACGGAGCAGCUGCUCAAGUCCCUGACCAAGCAGCAGGCGCAGGCCGACCAAGUCAGGACCGUCGUGCUGUCCGAGGAGGCCGUGGCCAAGGUGAAAGCGGAAGAGACCCAGAAGCUGAAAGAGGAAGCGGAGAAAGAUCUUGCACAAGUAACACCUGCGCUGGAAGCAGCCACAGAAGCUCUGAAAGCUCUCAACAAAAAUGAUAUAAAUGAACUUAAAGUGUUCAUCAAACCUCCAGCUCUCGUCAAGUUUGUAAUGGAAGCUGUCUGCGUGCUCUUUAAUGUAAAGACUGACUGGCCAUCUGCGAAGCUGCUUCUUGGGGACAGCAAUUUCCUGAAAAAUUUGCAAGACUACGAUAAAGAUUCAAUAUCUGAUGCAAUGAUGAAGAAACUGAAGGUGUACGUGGACCACACUGACUUUGAUCCAGAUGCUGUAGCUAAGCAGUCGAAAGUGUGCCGCUCCAUUUGCAUCUGGGUGCGAGCCAUCGCAGAGUACGCCAAGGCCUUCCGCGUCGUGCUGCCGAAGAGGAUAGUCGUGGAAGAAGCGGAGCGGGAACUGAACAAGGUGCUGGACGAGCUGAAAGAGAAGCAGCAGAGGCUGGCGGCAGUGGAGAAGCAGAUAGCGGAGCUGGAAGCCACGUACAACGAGAAGGUGACGCGCAUGAAGCAGCUGGCUGCGGACAUCGACCUGGCCACCAAGAGGCUGACGAGAGCCGGCCAGCUGACGUCGGCUCUCAAGAGCGAGCAGGUGCUGUGGGAGCACUCCAUCAAGGAUCUGGACGAGGACCUGCGCACCAUGGUAGGUGACGUGCUGAUGGCGGCGGCCAGCGUGUCGUACCUGGGGGCCUUCACCAGUGUCUACCGGGACGAGCUGGUGGACCUGUGGCUGGCCAAGAACAGCCAGCUAGCUAUCCCAUCCUCUGCACACUACAGUUUAACGAGCAUAAUGGCAGAUGCUUUUGAAAUCCGGGAGUGGAACUCGUACGGACUUCCAAGGGACAAAGUUUCUACAGAAAAUGGAAUAUUUGUGAUGAGAGCAGGCAAGUGGCCUCUCAUGAUAGACCCACAAGAACAGGCCAACAGUUGGAUACGGCACAUGGAAGCGAAGAACAACUUGAGGAUUGAAAAGCUGACUGAUAGCAACUUCUCCCGGGUGCUGGAAAUCUGCAUUCGUCAGGGAUUUCCAUUGCUUGUUGAAGAAGUGGGAGAGUUCCUGGAUCCUUCGCUGGCUCCAUUGCUUCUGAAGCAGAUAUUCACAGAGGGUGGCCGGCUGCAGAUACGUCUGGGAGACUCGAAUGUUGACUACAACAAAAACUUCAGGUUGUACAUGACGAGCAAACUGUCGAACCCCCACUAUCUGCCAGAGAUCUGCAUACUGGUGACGCUGGUCAACUUCACAGUGACACCUUCAGGUCUGGAAGACCAGCUGCUCAGCGACGUGGUGAGGCUGGAGAAGCCGCAGCUGGAGCAGCAGAGGACAGACGUCAUCACUGCCAUCAACAAAGAUAAGACAGAGCUGGAGAGCAUAGAGGAGAAAAUCCUGCACAUGCUGUUCGCAUCACAGGGCAACAUCCUGGAUGACGAGGAACUGGUGCAGACACUUAACGACAGUGUGGUCACUGCUGAAGGGAUUGAGGAGAGACUUGUGGAUGCAGAGAAGACGGAGGAGAAGAUCUCCGAAGCCCGAGAGAAGUACAGAGUAGUAGCAACUCGAGGCUCUGUGUUGUUCUUUGUCGUGGCAGAGCUGGCAAACAUUGACUCCAUGUACCAGUUUUCACUCAGGUAUUUCAAACAGGUGUUCAACACAGUCACGGAGACGAGCGAGCAGUCCACCGACCAGCAGGUGCGCCUAGCGACGCUCUUGGAUGAGAUCACCAAGGCAGUGUUCAUCAGCGUGUCUCGGGGGUUGUUCGAGAGACACAAGAGGGUGUUUAGCUUCAUGAUGUGUGCCAGCAUCCUGAGACAGAGGGGAGAGGUGGACGAUGCUUGCUGGAACUUCCUCCUGAGAGGUCCUGUGACCACCAAACAGAAACUUCUGCCGAAACCCACCAUUCCAGCUCUGACCGAUGCUAUGUGGUUCGCAUUGUGUUAUCUCAAUGAAAACUUCCCAAAGUUCAAAGGUUUGGCUCUUGAUAUCGAAAAAAAAAUUACCAUUAAGAUUGGAGAUUUUGAUGAGCUGGUGGGUUUCCCGUCUUCAGACAACAGUCCCAGUACUGACAACUGGAACAAUAGCCUCACCCCUUUUGAGAAGCUCAUGCUGCUAAAAUGUCUGAAGGAAGAGAAGCUGACUUUUGCCAUCACAAAAUUCGUAAAGCUGAAACUAGGACAGAUUUUCAUAGAAUAUCCACCUGCAUCUCUCCAGAGCUUGUAUGAAGACAUGACCAAUGUGAUUCCCCUGGUGUUCGUCCUGAGCACUGGGUCGGACCCCUUCAGUGCGUUCCAGCGCUUUGCUGUGGAGAAGGGCUUCCAGGACCGCAUCCACUCCAUCUCGCUGGGGCAGGGGCAGGGGCCAGUGGCCGAGAAGAUGCUGAGGGAGGGUGUGCAGCAUGGACACUGGGUCUUCCUGCAGAACUGCCACCUAGCCACAUCUUGGAUGCUUCCCAUGGAAGACAUUAUCCGGUCAUUGGCGGAAGCCCCUGACAAGAUUCAUCCUGACUACCGCCUCUUUCUCAGUUCAAUGCCCAGUCGAGACUUCCCUGUAUCUGUGCUGCAAAACUCGGUCAAAGUGACCAACGAGCCUCCGAUGGGUUUGCGCGCCAAUAUUCGUCGUGCCUUUUUCGACCUCUCACAGGACUUCUUUGAGGUACACGAACUAAAUGGGAACUGGAGGCGCAUGGUGUUUGGUCUCUGCUUUUUCCAUGCCAUCAUUCAAGAGCGCAAGAAGUUUGGAUCUCUAGGCUGGAACAUCACCUACGAGUUUAGCGACAGUGAUAGGGAGUGUGCACUUGCAACCCUGGCGAUGUUCUGUGCUGGGCGUACAAUACCCUGGGAUGCACUCAUUUAUAUCACAGGUGUAAUAACAUAUGGAGGACGUGUGACCGACUACUGGGACCAGCGUUGUCUGACCACAAUCCUACAGCGCUUUUUUGAUCCACGUUCUCUCGACCCAGAUUACAAGUACUCCGAGUCUGGCAUAUACUACUGUCCCGAGCGUCCAACCUUUAACACCCUGCAACAGUACAGAAUGUUCAUUGAAAAGCUACCAAUUAUAGAGGAUCCGGAGAUCUUUGGUAUGCAUGAAAAUGCCAACCUUGCUUUUCAGAUGAAAGAGAGCCAGGAAAUAGUCAACACCAUCCUGCACGUGCAGCCAAGUCAGUCGAGCAGCGUUGCGGGGCGUUCCAGCGAUGACAUUGUGUUUGAUGUGGCAGAGAGCAUUCUCGUGAACCUACCCACCCGCAUUAGCACUGCUGAUGUCUCUCCAAUCCUAAUGAAGAUUGACAGCAAAGGUCGCCUCCCGUCACUGACCACUGUGGUGCUACAAGAAGUGGACCGCUACAACCGACUACUGGCGGUGAUCCACACCUCACUGGCUGACCUCCAGAAGGCCAUCAAGGGCCUAGUGGUGAUGUCAGAGGCCCUCGAAGAAGUCUUCAAGGCGUGCCUCAUCAACCAAGUGCCCAAGAUGUGGUCCAGCGUCGGCUACUUGUCAAUGAAGACUCUGGGCAGUUGGACGCAGGACUUGCUGCUACGGUUGGAUUUUGUGUCGUCGUGGGUGCAUCACGGACCACCUGUGUCAUUCUGGCUGUCAGGGUUCUUCUUCACUCAAGGCUUCUUGACAGGAACUCUGCAGACUCAUGCUCGCAAGUAUGACCUUCCAAUUGAUGAGUUGCAAUUUGACUUCAUCAUGAAGCACAAUGUUCUGAAACAAAAUGAUGUGUACGCAAAACGUCUGGAAUCAAACAGAGAGGAUCCAGAGUUCUACGAUGGGCUGGCUCCUCCAGUUGACGGUGUCUUAGUUCACGGCUUAUUUCUGGAUGCUGCACGCUGGGACUUCGACAAAAUGAGGCUGGCUGAUCAAAUACCAGGUGAAAUGAACCCGGCUCUCCCAGUAAUGCUACUGCUGCCCAAGAAGACUGUCGACAACACACUGACGAGGUACGUGUGCCCUCUGUACAAGACGACGGCACGCGCAGGCGUGCUGUCGACCACCGGCCACAGCACCAACUUCGUGGUGGCCGUGCUGCUGCCCACCAAGGAGGAGCAGAGCUACUGGAUCCUGAAAGGCACGGCCUUGGUCACGCAGAUAACUGACUGACAGUCAAUAUCAAUGUUCAUAAUGGUGCUUGUUGUUUUGUACUUUAUACUGUGAUGUCAUUGUAAUGUACCUGAAAAUGUACAAUAAAAAAAAUUUCACACCU